GAUAAUAAUAAUAAUAAUAAUAAUAAUAAUAAAUUUUUGCUCUGCUCUGUCUAGAAGUUCAAAAGAAAAGGGCCCAAAUUGUUUUGAUGUUGGGGUAAAGAUCUUUACCCUCCCCCCUACUCCCAAGUACCUUAACUUGCAUUACCCUCCCCUUACGGUCCUACUCUCAAGUACCUAACUCGCAAAUAUUGGAAAAAAAAACCGUGAAUUGUUUUGAUGUUAAGGAAUUAGGGGUUGCUGGGUUGGGCUAAAUGGCUAAUUGUUGAUAUAAUCUCCGAUUUUCAACAAUGAGUAGGCACUAGGCAGUACGUAGCCCUACCUCCUCCUCCUGUUUCUCUCAGUUCGUUCUCCAUUGAAGCGCACUUGACGUUCUCCAUUGAAAUACCUGUAUUCCCCCACUGAAGCAGCUUCUGAGUUAAAUGGAUGCUGCAUUGUCUGGGGAAAUAUACAUACCAGAAGAUAUUCUGCAGCCUUUGUUAAAGGCUUCAAAUUCUUCAACGUUGAAUGAAGCCCUACAAAGUCUUAUAGGGGUUUCGAGAACUGAGGAUGGCCGGUCAGAUCUUGCAUCGAAGCGUAUACUCCCAGCUGUACUCCAAUUAAUACAGUCUAUACCUCAUUUAUCGGCACAUCAUUUUCUAUUGUUGUCUCUUCGCCUCCUUAGGAACCUUUGUGCAGGAGACGUAGAGAAUCAGAACUUGUUCAUUGAGUGUAAUGGUCUUGGAGUUGUUUCUAGUGCAAUCAAUGUGGUGGGGUUUGAUAUUGAUGAUUCGGGUGUUGCAAUUAUACGUACAGCCUUACAGGUGGUAGCCAAUGUUUCACUUGCUGGGGAGAAGCACCAGUGUGCAAUAUGGGACCAGUUUUUCCCUGAGUUGUUUCUCAAAAUUGCAAGAAUUCGCAAGAGAGAAACUUGUGAUCCUUUGUGUAUGAUUAUUUACACUUGUAGCGAUGGAAGCAUUAAACUGUUUCCCGAACUUUGUAGAACUCAAGGAUUGGCUAUCAUGGCAGAAAUCAUUCAGACAGCGUCAGAAGUUGGUUUUGGAGAAGACUGGCUAAAGAUAAUUCUUUCAAGAAUUUGUUUGGAGGAAUCUCAUUUUUCUGCAUUAUUCACGAGUCUAAAUGGUGGCUUUGAUAAUCUAGGCAAUGAUGAAAGUAGAGGUAUAAAUUUUACUACAGAACUAGCUUUCCUUUUGCGCAUCCUCUCCGAAAUCUUGAAUGAGCGACUAAAGGAGAUUCAUGUUGGUCCUGAGCUUGCCCUAUUUGUUCUUGGCAUAUUUGAGAAAGCUGUCAAAGCUGUUGACUUUUACACAAGAGGCGAAUCUGGUCUGCCUACAGGCAUUUCUACCAUUGAUGUCCUCGGAUAUUCACUCACUGUUUUGAGAGAUAUAUGUGCACAGGGGAAACCUCAAGUUGCUGAUACUGAAGAAGUUCCAGAGGAUACUGUGGAUUCGUUGGUUUCGAGGGGCCUCUUGGACUUGCUCUUAUCUCUCCUCCGUGAACUUGAGCUACCAUCAUCUAUUAGGAAAUCCAUGAAACCUGGUGAGAAUCAAGGUCUUACUUCUCAGCCAUCAAAGGUGUGUCCAUACAAGGGCUUUAGAAGAGAUAUUGUUGCAGUCAUUGCAAAUUGUUCUUUUGGGAGAAAGUAUGUACAAGUUGAAGUGAGAGAAAAGAAUGGGAUUAUUCUUCUUUUACAGCAAUGUGUUCUUGAUGAAGACAAUCCUUUCUUAAGGGAAUGGGGCAUAUGGUGUGCAAGCAAUAUUCUGCAAGGUAAUGCCGAAAACCAGCAGAUGGUGGCUGAUUUGGAGAUGCAAGGAACUGUAGAGGUUCCUGAACUAGCUAAGCUUGGACUACGGGUGGACAUAGACCCGAAUACUAAACAUGCUAAACUUGUAAAUAUCUCUUGAGCUAGUUGUGCAAUUUGUGUUUCGAAUUGUCCCAUUUAGUGUAAAGUUGUCAAAUUUGCUAAAAUUUACUAGAUUUUUCCAAUAUUGGAUCAUUUAUUUUAACAUGGUGCAUUGGUGCUAAACACAAACCUUUGAUAGCUAGGAUUUACUGUUGUGAAACAAGACAAUCUUGUUGUAUCUUGUUAAA